AUGCCGGGAAUGCUGUUCAUCCUAGUUUCUUUUUGGUGCAUUCAGGUCACCCUAUGGAAGGAGAAUCUGGAGGGCAAUUGGAUUUCGCUGAGCGAGAUAACCCGAGGUCGACAGACAGCCAAUACCUACGCCAACGAGGCUGCCGGUGGCAGUGGCAUCAACGGCACCUUCACAAGAGAUUCACUGGCGCCCGCUCCCACCUCGAAUUACUACGAUGCAGUUGCGCCCUGA